AAAUUUAAAAUUUCUCACAUGGGUCUCAAGCGCUAUUUUAUUAACAAGUAAUUAGUGAACAUUUCAACGUUUAAUCUCCUAUAAAGCUCAGUUGAUCAGAUGGGGAAACAAUACCUAGAAAAGAAAGAAAGAUGGCUAAUUUCAUUGCGGAUACGAAGAACAAGAUUCAAGAUCUGUUCGUAUACCUCGUUUCAUGUGGAAAAUCUUCUAAAGACCAAGGGCCAGCAAAAGAUGUAGCAGAAAACUUCCAGGAAAUUGGUGGACUGGUAAUUAUAGAUGAACCAGGAAAUGCACCAACAGCACCAAUUACAGGUGAACAAGGAAAUAAUGCAGAGGAAGAGCAGCAAGAUUUUGCAAUAUUCCCACCUGGAGAUCCAAGAAACAAUAUAAUAUAUGAUCAACCAGAAAAUAAUAAUGAUGAAAUUCCAUCGGCAGGAAAUGAACAAUAUUAUGUGCCGCUUGUUCCUCAAGGUAAAGCAAAUGUUCCUAGAGCUCCACCCAAACGAGUGCCUCCUAAGGGUGAAACUGGUUGAAAUAAUACAAUCAUACCUCUAUAUAACAACAUCUCUGUAUAACAGUCAUUUAUUAUAAAAGUCUAGUUUUCUCGGAACUGAUCUUUUAUGUUAUGUUGUAAUAUAUGUUCUCUAUAACAACACUUUACUAUAGCAUCCAAAAAAUAUUAAAACAAACGCGGAUGUUAUAGAGAGGGUUUGACUG